AUGCAAACGCUCGAAGCCUACUACGACCACAACCCCCGCGUGGCGGAUCUUUCACUCCAUCCGACCCUUUUCAUGGGGAUUGGCAACAUCGUAGCCAUCCCGCUAGCCCACGCCUUUGGCCGCCGGCCGUUCUUCCUACUGUCCUGCGUGCUCAUGGUGGCUACGUGCGCCUGGGCGGCGUGGAGUCCGAGUCUCACACAGCAUAUCGCUGCGCGCGAUGUCAUGGCGCUGGCCGCGGGUCAGAGCGAGGCGCUCUGUCCCAUCAUCAUCCAGGUCGGUGUCUUGUCUCUCUCCGUCUCGGAAAUCUUCUUUCUCCAUGAACACGCCAGAUCCCUCACCUGGUUCUCUGGUCUGCAGACCAUCGGCGUAGGGGUUCUGAUGAUUGCCAGCGCGUACUUGACUGAUUCGCUGGGCUGGCGUUGGUGGUAUAUCGUCUUCGGCAUCGUCAACCUCGCGGUGCUGGUUCUUGCCUUGUUGCUCGUGGUGGAAACUAAGUACCCCAGAUCCCUCAGCGUUCUUGCCGGAGACAUGGACCCCUCCGAGUCCUCCGAUCUCAGCAACCCAGUCCCCGAGAAGAUCACACACUCCACUCGCCUCCCGUUGGAUUAUGCCCGCUACCGCCGACGCAGCUUCCUGCGCGACCUCCGCCCAUGGCAGGGCCACCGCAACUGGCGCCAGGCGAUCGAGUCGUGGAAGCAGAUCGCGGUGGUGUUCUGGUUUCCCAAUGUCUUCUGGCUGAUGCUCUGCAGCGGGGCGUUUCUGGGCAUCUACGUGCUGGCCACGACUGUCUUCGCGGCCAUCCUCAUCCCGCCCCCGUACAGCUUCUCGCCGACGAGUCUGGGGUACGUUAUGGGCGCGCAGACGCUGGUCGGUCUCGUCGCCAUCCCGAUCUUGGGGUACGGCAACGACCGCAUCGUCCAGUACCUGAGCCAGCGGAACGGGGGUAUCAUCGAGAAAUACUGA